GAGGUCAGAGAGUCCUAGGAACUUAAAUCCUUACAAUGUUUCCAGAGGAAUAUUUCAACGAGGGACGCUUUUAGCCAGCGUGUGAUUUUUUUCUUUUGUCACAGUUCUCUGUCAAGUUGUUAUAUAUUUAUCGGCAAUGACGCGUCGUAAUAAAUAAACAGACACUAUAUACUAUAUCUGGGCCUUUUAACACACGUUUAAUCGGUCAUUCUCGUGGACGCGUUUUCCUAAAAUCAGCUCUUGCCGUCUGCUUGUUAUUUGUCGUACCGUUAUGAGUGACGUGUAACUUAACGCGAAAUUCUUCACAAAUAACAGAUCUGAAACAGGUUUAUAAUGCGCUUAAGCGUGUUAAAGUGGUUGUGUCUACUAUGAAAGAACACAUUCAAGCCGUCCGCUGAGGAUGUGAUAAAUUGCAGCUCGUUUAUGAUGGAAAGAGACAAAAGACAGUGUCAUAAACAGGAAUUGGAUUUUAACAUGUAACGGUAGAUGACUGAGGCUGAAUAUCACUGAGGAUAUUUGGAUCAGCUUGCUUUUCUUCAGCGUGGUACGGUGUUGCUCAGAAAGGCACAAAGAUGAUGUACUCUUCACGGAGGAAACCUGUGCUGUAUUUCAAAGAUGACAGAAGAAGUGAAAGUCAAGGGGUGCGGCGUCCAGGAGAUUUUCUGUCGAGGAAAUGCACUGUAUGGAAGCUGUUUGGCCUCUGCAUGGUGUUUGUUUUUGGGUCCCUUCUCUGGGUGCAGUUGACGUGUACAGGAGACAUGAGCCAGACUGCUGGAUACAGCCAUCUCCCUCAACAGCCCUGUCCAAUAGACAAACAGUCGUCCCAUGUUGAUGAUCCUUCCUGGGGCCCUCAUAAAAUGGCCCUCAUUGUUCCAUUCAGAGAGCGCUUUGAAGAGCUGCUUGUGUUUGUCCCGUAUAUGCAUGCUUUCCUCAACAAGAAGAAAAUACGUCAUAAAAUAUUUAUUAUAAACCAAGUAGAUCACUUUCGGUUCAAUCGUGCCUCUCUUAUUAACGUUGGCUUCAUGGAAAGUGGGAAUGACACAGACUACAUUGCAAUGCAUGAUGUGGACUUGUUGCCUCAAAACGAGGAUCUGAACUAUGGGUUUCCAGUAGACGGGCCCUUCCACGUGGCCUCACCAGAGCUUCAUCCUUUAUAUCACUAUAAGACGUAUGUUGGAGGAAUCCUGCUGCUCACUAAGAAACAUUAUCUGGCGUGCAACGGGAUGUCAAACCGCUUUUGGGGAUGGGGAAGAGAAGAUGACGAGUUUUUCAGGAGACUGAAAGCAGCUAAUCUUGAGCUUUUUAGACCAACAGGUAUUACUACAGGAACUAAAACAUUUAGACACAUCCAUGAUCCAGCCUGGAGAAAAAGAGACCAGAAGCGGAUCGCUGCACAAAAACAGGAGCAGUUUAAGGUGGACCCUGAGGGUGGCCUGAGUAACCUUCGCUACAAGGUGGAGUCCAGAAAAGAAGUGUCUAUCAGUGGAGCUCCAUGUACUGUGAUCAACACCUUUGUGGAGUGUGACCUCAACCAGACCCCAUGGUGCCAGUUCAGCUAAUAAUAGUUGAUAAUGCAUAAUUCACUUAAUGCUUGAACAGGACCUGGGAAGCCAGAAUGAUACGGAUUCUCCUUCUGUGGUGCAAGGAAAGCUUUCACAGAUUAUCAGUGCCAGUCACACUUGAAAAAAAAAAAAACAGAUCGUCGAACCAAAAGGACUUGAAUGUGUGACUGGUGGAAAAGGAGGCUUUAUUUUUCUAUGACAAGUGUUUUUGACUUCAUCCCCGAUGAAGCUUUGCCUCGUAUUUGAAGAGAAUUAUGGACCAUUAACAGGUACAGCACUGAGUUUGCAUCAGCGACACUGCAAGCAUCAAAAUGUCUGAUUUUUAACGAUGAGUUUUAUAAUAUUUUUAGCUGUAGCCGUGGCUUGUUUUGGACCAUUUCUCCUAGUGCAAUUGUGAGUAUUUGCUCAGCCUGAUCUUUUUGCUUGAAUUUGAAAUCAUUGUGUUGAGAAAGACAACCUUAUAUAUAUAGAUAUAAAGUGGGUUUAAAGGGUACUUUGUAUUUGCACAUUAUUCAGUAUUUAUAGAAAAAAACUCAAGUUUUCACUAAUUCUUUCUUGCCAUGUUUUAAAAUGCAUGAAGUGCUGUUACAUUUUAGCAUUUGGAGGAUUAUCUAGAAACUUUAUGAACUGGAGGCAUGAAGCUGAAUCCAAAAAGUAAAAACGUCUGAGUGCAAAUGUUAAUAAAAUUUGGACACAUUAAUAUUAUUAUCAUUAUUAUUAUUUUGGCCAAUUCCUGACAAACUGUGAAUCAGUAUACGCGGUUUCAAGUAUGAUAUGUUCAACAAAUGUUUGUUCAACUGCACAAACAAAUGUUUGCCAAAAAAUAAAGUUUGACUCCAUUUUCUAAUACUGCUUCACAUUCACCAGCAGAGGAAUUUAUAUUUAAUUCACUUUAUUUUGAUCAUGUCUGUGUUGUUGGAGUGUUGUUUGUGUGUAUGCCAUUAGCACUUGCAAAAUUUGUCUAGGAAUGCUGUGCUGACUUUUCAUGAGCUGUUGCUUACUUUUAUCUUAAACCAAUGAAUAUUAAUAUCAGUAUUAGACUUUGCUGGGUUUUUUUCGUUCACUUAAGUCUUCAAAAGCAGUGUUUCUCAACCACAUUCCUGGGGGACGACCAGCUUGCACAUUUUCCAUGACUCCUUAACCAAACACACCUAAUUCGGCUCAUUAACAGAGACUGAAAGAUCUAUAAUAGGUGUGUAAUCAAAGGAGACAUCCAAAACAUGCAGUGUUUGUGUUCCCCCUGAAACAUGGUCGAGAAACACUGUUCUGAAGGAUUAUGCGGAAAUGUUUUUGGGGAAAAUUCUGUUAAAUACUACCAUGUAGGAGUGCAAAAAAAAAAAGAGCUGGAGACUACUAGUUAGCCUAUAAACUGAACAAUGUUAUCAAUAAUUAUACAGCAGUUUUUUUGUGAUAUGAACUACAUUAAAGACAGAAUAAGUCAUUCUGUCUUUCUUUCUCAGUGACUGACAAGCACAAUGACAGAGCGUGACGUUGUGUAACUGUGCAAAGACUUUUCAAAGAACUUUUAUAUCACUAUGGUAAUCAUACUUUUGUUCAAAAUGCCGGCAUAAUUAGUCAUUACCAUUAUUGAUCACUUAUUAAUUAAAUGUAUUUCCAAA